AUGACGAUUACUCUCCCCAUCCCGUCGUCGCCCUCCGACAUCGACCGGCGUUCGUCCAGGGCGCUGAGCUCAGCAAGGGGGUUCAGAUCCGUGCCCAGGUUCAUGGAGCCCCCUCCGGCUGUUGCCUACCAGGAGCCACUUUCUCUGAUCCUCCCUAACAUCCACAGCGGAGCCUGGAAAACCAGCAAUAGAAAGGAGACAUAUAAACAUUCACAUAAACCUUUUGGGAAUGCUGUUGGUGAUGGCACAAACAGCAUCAAAGAGAGAGGUCAUGAAGACUUUCGAAAGAAUAAACACAAAAGCAAAGGCAUUGCUUCCAAAAGAAAAGAGAUGACAGGCGCCAUCCAGCAUCCAACCAGUCAUCACCUUUCAGACUUUACAGUCAACACAGGGUCAAAGCAUAGAAUUAUGCCCAGCAACCACAGCGCUGUGGUAAAGCACGCUGCAGAAAUUCAUCUCGAAAGGAGAAAAACCACAGCGGAACAUAGUCCUUCUCCAGCAGAUAGACCAGUAAUUGAUACAAGAGCUGCAGACAGACAGGCAGGCAGAUGGAAGAAUAGAAACGCAGACAUACAAAUACAUGGCAGCCAUACAAGCGCAAAGCUAACUGAACUUCACCAGGCUUUGGAAAAACACAGACAGGCAACAAAGCACCCUGGGAAUUCUGACAAAAUCAGUAAGGAGCAGCAGGCGGUGAAAAAGCCCUCCAGGGAUUUCAAAAAACACCAUAAUCUCUCAAAGGAUUCCUCUGAAGCGAAGAGGAAUCCCGGCUCGUCGGACCGUAGAAUGGCUUUGUCCAAACCAGAGGCAGAUGUAAAGAAAGAUGACAGCAGCUGGUGUCGGAGCUUUACGGAGCAGGACUUUCCAGAUAGCGACCACAGGAGGAUCAGGAUUAGUCCUCGUCUUCGGCCUGUCCCCUGGCUCAGCGACGAUGACAUCCAGAAGAUGGAGCUUCUCGCUGGGGGUGAGGUGGUCAGUAAGGCCAGGGUGCCUGCACAUGGACAGGUGCUCCAAGUAGCACUGGACCCACCUCAUGGGCCUAUGCAUAGUGACCGCUGCCACCAGGGCCAAUGCUCCCUAAUCAAACGCACCGAUGACUGGUUUGAGGUGUUUGCCUUCCACCUGGACAGGGUGCUGGGACUCAACAGAAGUCUCCCUGCUGUGCUAAGGACUUUCCAAAGUGAGAUUCUACCCUAUCGGUACACCAGCGGCACCCCCAGACCUGUAGUGUGGUGGGACCCAGAUAUUCAGCACUUAGCUGAUAGCGACAAUGACCAGAACUCAGUACCUCUAAGCUGGGUUCAGUACCAGAAGCUGCUGCAGCUGCACUGUGGGAGUGAAGCAGACCUGAGGUCAGCACCCUGUGUGGGAGUCCACCACUCAGAGUGGGGGAGACUGGCUCUCUUUGAUUUCUUAUUACAGGUCAACGACCGGCUGGACAGGUACUGCUGUGGUUUCACACCUGAUCCAGAAGAACCCUGUGUGGAGAACCUGCUGCAGGCCAAAUGUAGCAAUACCAGGAACCUGCUACUGGUUCACAUCUUGGUGAGGAAGGCAGAUCCCUCCAGACUGGUGUUCAUAGACAACGCCGGUAGACCACAGCAGUCCGCCGACAACCUCAACUUCAGGCUGGUGGAGGGCAUUGAUGAAUUUCCAGAGAAAGCAGUGUCUGUGCUCCAGUCAGGCUGUCUGGAGAGUCUUCUCCUACGCUCCUUUUACCUAGACAAGGAAUUCUGGGAGAGCCAAGGCGGGGGCAGCGGUCUCAGGCCUCUCAUCCGUGCCGUGGAGCAGAGAGGAAAGAUUCUCCUGCGGCACAUCGGGGACAAGAAGCUGCGGCUCAAGCGGGACCUGUGA